AUGCUAUCUUUACCGUCGUGUUGUCGAUGUGGUUGUGCAAAGGCUUCUUUAUGGGCCAAUGAAUUUGAUUUAUCGCUUCAUCCUGAUGGCGACUUUCAACAAAUUGAAUUCGACCAAAUUUCGGACUUUAUCAAGCGUGUUGAGAAGCAGUUAGUUGUAAAUGAUGGUGAUGCGCUGGAUCAAUUCUGUAAAAACUUCUCAGAUCAUGUGAAUUCAAGGAAUUCUAAUCAUAAACUUCGUGUAGCUAUUAUACUUGAUAAUUCAGGUCCUGAACUAGCUGCAGAUCUAUGUCUUGCAGAGUAUCUCCUUACAAGUCACAUUGCUGACCAUGUAUCAUUUCAUGGUAAAAGCAUUCCAUGGUUUGUAUCAGAUGUCACUGGCAAAGAUUUUAAUUGGCUACUAAAUAUGAAUAUUUUGGAGUUGGAGGGUGCUAACAAUGAUCAAUAUGCCCAUUUGGUUUCAAAGUGGUCUGAAGUCUGGCGAAAACGGAUUCAAGAUAGCAGUUUUCGCUUUGAAACUUCGUACUUUUGGACUACUCCCUGCACAUAUGACGAGAUCGAAGUAGUUGACGCUUCACUUUACCAGGAUUUAUCAAGAAAUUAUGAUUUAAUAAUAUUCAAGGGUGAUCUCAAUUACCGCAAGCUUUUAGGUGAUCGUCAGUGGAAACCUGACAACCUAGACGAUAAGAUCAAUGCCUUCUAUCGAGUGCAGAUUGGUAGAUCACCAAGCUGUACGUGUUCAAAGAAGUUAGAAGAUCCAAAACUCGGAGACCCAAUCACCGAUUGCCCAUGUGGACCAAUGGUUGUAGCUCUUCGAGUUGCGAAAUCAGAUGUAGGUGUGGGUGUAGAUCAUGAUCGUCUUAUCGAGCUGCAAAAUGAAACAAAGGAAUGGUGGACCAUUGGCAAAUAUGGUUUCAUUCAAAUUAUUUCUCCUAUUGUUUUCAGUGCUUCAUGA